GUCAAUUUACAAACGAUGAAGGUCACUUUUACAUUAGUGGAUCCUGUGUUAUGGCCUCUAGAUAUAGGAUAAUAGAUCUAAUAAGUGAGAAAGGCCAGUCAGGUGUGUUGUUAAAGGCAGAGGAUAUGUUUAGAGAAGAUACAAUAGUAGUAAUAAAAGUUCUCCACACAUCGUUUUCACAGCUAGGCAUUCAGGAAACUCUCUGCUUACAACAACUAAGAACUGUAGAUCCUGAUAAUAUAUCACAUACACUCAGACUUUUGAAUAUUUUCACAUUUGAUGAUCAUUAUUGCAUGGUAUUUGAAGCUUUAUAUCCAGAACCGAUCAAUCGGAUAUUUCAUCAAAUUUCUAGAGAUAAGUUAAUACCAAGCAUUAGGAAGGUAGCCAUCAGACUAUUGACAAUUCUGGGUUUUCUACAACAACAAAAUGUUAUCCAUGCUGAUUUGAAACCUGAUAAUAUUUUAUUAAAGAAAAAGGGCGACCUUGGAUCAUUGAAGGUUAUAGAUUUUGGAAAUGCCAUCCAUCACAUUCAUAAAGAGGUUUCUCUUUACUAUGAAGAUUUUGAGGUUCAAACACCACUCUAUAGAGCACCUGAGGUAAUCUUUGGAAUUCCAUUUGGCUCAGAAAUAGAUAUUUGGUCAGUAGGCUGUAUUUUGGCAGAAUUGUAUGCUGGGAAACCACUGUUUCUUGGUGGGGAUGAGAAAUCCAUUGUAAAAAAGAUGACUGAGAUAUUAGGAUUAUUACCUACUCAUGUAUUCCAGAAAGGGAAAUUUUACAGCGAGUUGAAAAGUUUCACUGGAACUAACACACAGGAAAAUGUCUGUCAUGAUUUAAUGGAUCACCUGAAGUGUAGAGAUUACAAGUUAUGUUCUUUUUUGGCUGGUUGUUUGCAAUAUAACCCAGACAAAAGGUUUAAACCAAGAGAAGCAGCCUUGCAUCCAUUUUUAGCAUCUGAGCUUCCCAUAGGAUUUCUAAUGGGGUCCAAUACAGACAAGAUAUAUCCAUCAGUGUAUGUUCCACAUUACAGCCAUAGUCCUCAUGUGGCAUCAGAUAUACAGAGAAGUCAGCCUUCCUCGAUGGAUUUACUGAAAUUAGGUACCACUGUCCCUGAUACAGAUAAAAGUGAUACAUCUAGUCACAGUUCAGGGUGUAGAGUUGCAAUAGUUGAUCCUUUAAAAAGUAAUGAGCAAUGUCAAGAAUUUAAUGAAAUACAAGAAGAAAAUUUGAUACAAGACUCUUGGAGAAACAACAAUAGUAGGAGGAGGUCAUCUGAUAUGGAAAAUAUGAGCUCUAGAAAUACUUAUUUAAAAAAGUUAAAUGUGAAUGACCAAAAUAGAAAAUGUGACAAUCACCAGAGAGAGAUUAUUCACCCUGCUAUUGUAUUUAACAAAAAAAGUCCAUUAAUUAGAACUUCGGAAGGAAGGGAAGAACAUCAUAAUCCUGUGGCAUUUGAUAGAAAUCUACUAAAAGUAAAAAGCCCAAAGAUAAAUGCUCCGCUUGAAACACAAAACACACCAAAACAAUUUUCAGGUAUACUCAAUAGAAUAAGAAGUAACGAAAAACCGAAUCAAGAAAAAAACAAAAAAGUAAAUAUAGCUGGUCCCUUCUCUGAAGAACAGGUUUCAGAAAGUCCCAAGUUAGAGGAAUCAGUCAAGCAUGAAAAUUUUGGAAACAAUCUUACAAAAACGCACCCAGAAGUCAAAAGGAAAUUCAGAAAAGAACAUAUUGUGUCCAAUGAACAAAUUAGCAUGAUGAAUUGGUCAAGAUCGCCAGAUGUUUCAAGAACAGGAAGUCAGCAGACUAUGUAUAAAAAAUCAUUUGACAAUGAAGAACUUUUAUAUAAAACUAAAUUAAAACAAGAGAAGCUCAUUGCAGACAAUCAGGAUCAUAUAGCUUCUAGUCAAGGUCAUGUUGAUGUUUCUUCUAAGGAGUUGAGUUCUGAGGUAAUUUUAAAACUCCAAGAUGGUGAUAUACAGACAAAAAUGACAGAAGAUCUUAAAAGAUCCGGGUCAUUGCCAUCAAGAAAAAGGGGAACCACAGAUUCAGAUAGGUUAGAACAGAAAAGAAGACGCUAUUUAAAACAAAAUUUUAAACGUUCAGAAAUAACAAAAGCUAAAGUGAUGUCAGACAUAAUUAAUUAUUCUUCUGGUAAUGAGUCUGGACCUUAUCAAGAGAGACUUCUGCCUGAAUUGGAGAAAACAGUCUGUAUUGAUCCUAACUAUGGAGCCAUGUUUGAGGAAAGCAAAUCUUCAAACUGCAAAAAAUUAAUAAAUAGACCAGGGUCUAAGAUGUAUGAAUUGUCAAAUGGAAGAAACAAGGGCAGACAAAGGACUUUGGAUAUUGCAGAACAAAGUGGAUUUCAAGCAAAGGAACUGGAUGAAACAUACACUGUUAGAAGGAACAGUUUCAAUAGUGAACUGGUCAGUGGUAAAUGCAUGACAGAACUUUCACAGCAAAUUGGUAUUAAAAGAGGUAAAUGCAGGAAAUCUUUGGGUAAUGAUAUUAAAGAAAAGAAUGAGGGUUUUAAUCGUUUACAUCCCAUGAGUAAUACAAAUUAUGAUGAUGGACAUGACAUCAAGCAACAACAGAAGAUUGAGCAGUCAACAUCUGACCAAAUUAAUAGAUUAACUUCUGACAAAAGUGGUAGAUUAUCAUUUGUUCAAGAAGGAAGAACAUCACCAACUUCUGCAAGGAAACCCAAAAACAAGACAAUUACAAGAGAUAUUAGUGUUGAAUCAAUUUUUAUGGACAGGAGUGGAAAUUGUGUUGUAACAGGGGAAGCAGAUGCAAAUAAAAAUUUGAACGUUGAAGACAAAAGAUCUUCAGAAAACAGUGCAAAUGAAAAAGCAAGAAAGAAACUAAUGUUUCCUGGGACUUUAAAACCAACAAAAACUACUUCUCUUUAUAAAAAAAAAGGAAAUUUAAGAAAGAAGAAUAAAUUUGUUCGUGGUAACAAAAUACAAGCUGAUGAAGAUUUUUUUAGAGACAGCAAACCAGUUGACAACAAUUGUAGAAGCAAUAAAAUACAAGUUGCUAAUGGUUUUAUUGCAGAAGAUGAUACAAAUUCAGUUGAUCCUUAUGAGUUUGAAAUUACUCCAGAUAAAGAGAGAGGUUUUAUCAACAUACAAAGAAUUGAGGAAAGGAAAAAAGUGAAAUUGGCUAAUAAAGAAGAAUUGGCAGCUAAUAUGACAAAAAAGUCUGUAUCCAACCAAACUGUUAAGAAAGAAGAAAUCAAUCGGACAGUAAGUAGAAAACUAGGAACAUUUGACAGUAGUUUUGAUUAUUCUGUCCAUGAAUCUCCAUCUGUAGGACACAAACAUUUCUUAUCAAGUCCAUUAGACACAACAGAAAAAAGUAAUAGCAAAGGCAGUGACAUGAAAGUUUAUGUAAAUAAGUCUGACAUGAUAAGCAGUCAGACUGACAGUGAAAAGUCUGGACCAAAUCAAACUGUUGGUAGAAAAUCAGGAAUAUUUUGUUUGGAUAGAAUUGCCAAUGAAACCUUUUCGCCAGAAAAAAAAUUCUUCAUGUUAAGUCAUUCAGGUGCAAAAGACAAAAAUAAGACUGGCAAUAGUAACUGUUUGGAAGACGUAAAAGACAGGACUAAAUUGAACAGGGUGACCCCACAUAAAAGAUCUAGUGAAGCAAGUACCAGUAGCGACAUCAGAAACAGGGGAAAUAUUGCAUCGUCUCCCUUAGUUCAAACAGUAGUACAGCAAGAGGGUUUUGAACUAUCUCCUCUUCAACGCUUUAACAUACAGUCAUCAAAUAGACUAUCUACCAAUAAAAAGCAUGUGCCAAAAGAAUCACCAGUACAUUUGAAGCAGUAUAAAAGAAAACAGGAGAGAAAUUCAUCCCUCUCUGAAGAACCAGCCAUUGCUGAUCAGAAAGUGGUGUUCAGCAGUCGACACAAAUCAAGUGGGAAACCAAUCGUAUUGCCUGAAAAAUUCACAUCUCUGAACACAGAAUUUUGUGGAAAAUUAGAAGAACAAAAUUUAUCAAGACAAUAUUCUCCUUUUAGAGAGAGUCAUAAUGAACCUUUAAAGUCAACUGAUCAAAGCAGUUCAUCAAGGAAGAAGUUUAGAUUGAUGAGUCCAGCGAGACCACAUAGACCAAGAAAGAUUUUCUCUCCUGUCUCUAGAUCAGGGGUUCUAUCACCAGGCAGUGAUUGUGUCAAUUUGAUAAUGGUUGAAGAUGAAUUUAAGGCUUCUUAUGGUGCUAUUGAUGGAAAGUCUGAUUCAGAUGAGGAGGUGAUGUUACUAAGUAUUUGAAAAGACUAUAAACAGGAUGUUGCCAAGAAACUGGUUGAACUCAUUUUGUUAAAAACUGUUACUGUGUCACCUGACAGCAUCAAGCAGCAAUAACGAAUGGUUAUACAAGUGUCGGGAGCAUAUGGGAAAAUCUAGAAACCAUGAACUCCAUGCUUUAAUUAACCUAAUUUAACUCUUAGCAGAAAAGGAUUGCAUAAAGAGCAUCUGUAAGCUCAUCAGGAUGAUUUGACCUUUUUUCACUCUGCUUGUACCAUUUUGUCUUGAUGACUAAAUUACAGAGCAGAUUUAUUGAUAUCAGCUUUUUGUUAUUUCAUAACUGGGCUGUUGCUAGAUUUUCUAAGAUUAUUCUAUUAUGAAGCUCACACUUUAUUGUUACGUGCUAAUUUAAAAUGCUAUGCCAAUUUUAACUGUCAUCAGAUAUUUUACUCCAAGCAUUGUUAUGUUCUCAGGAUCAAUUCAAU